AUACGCGCAUGCGUGGACCGAUCGGGUGAUAAAGUAAGAUGGCGUCUGACGGAGAAGUCCUAAACGCGGGCAUUAUAUUUCUGUAUUCUUACAUAUAUGUUGUUUAAUAGAGUACACACGGUUAAUAAUUGUUUGUAGCCGGAUACAUUAGUCUGGGCGCACUUUGACACUUCUCCUGUUUGCUAGCUUCACUUAAGGUAGCUUGCAGCUAGUUUAGCUGGCUAGUUAGCUUAGCUUGUUAGCUGCUAACAAAGAGACGCGGAAGUUAUUUAAACAUCGCUAAGUAGGGAACUAAUGUGAGUGUAAAGUGUUGUGAUUGUGUGAAAAUGUGCGAAAGAACGAUGGCAAAGUAUGAGGAGGAACUUUGUCCAACAAAAGAGGAGGACGAGCGACAACAUCAACUACUGGAUGUUUAUUAUAAGAAACAUCAUCAAGUUGUGUUACACAGAACAGACGUCCGGCAGGUGUCAGCAGAGAGUCAAGAAGAGAUUUCCUCCAAGCAGCAGGAGUGGAGCUCCAGUGUGGGACAGAAGGAGCUACAGGCCCCCUCCCACAUUAAAGAGGAAGAGGAGGAACUGUGGGAGCAGCUUCAAAGGUUGGAGGAGGCUAAUGAUAAGGAUGAAGCUCAGUCCUUGCAGCUUCAUCGCAGUCAAAGUGAGGAGAACAGAGGGGCGGAGCUUGUAAGUCAACACAUCACAGAAGCUGAUGGAGAGCAUUGUGAAGAUAUAAAGUCAGAACCAGACAGCAUCUUUGCUCCACUGUCAGACAUGGACCACAUGAUGUCAGACUCUUCUGAUCACAGUGACCACAUCCAAAAACCUUUGGAGAGUAAAAAUGACUCUGAAGGUGAUACGAGAGAUCACACUAACAACAAACACUUUGACUGCUCUGAAUGUGGGAAAUCAUUUAGACACAAGAUUAAUUUUAAAGUACACAUGAGAAUACAUACCGGAGAGAAACCUUUUACUUGCUCUGUUUGUAAGAAGGGUUUCUCCAUGAAGCGUGACAUGACCAGACACAUGAGAACACACACUGGAGAGAAACCUUUUACUUGCAUUGUUUGUAAGAAGAGUUUCUCCAGAAAUAAUCACGUGACCACACACAUGAGAACACACACUGGGGAGAAACCUUUUGCUUGCUCAGCUUGUGCUAAAAGAUUCACCACUAAGAAUGAAAUUAUAUUGCACAUGAGAACACACACAGGUGAGAAACCUUUUACUUGCUCUGUUUGUAAGAAGAGUUUCUCCAUAAAGUAUCACAUGACCACUCACAUGAGAACACACACUGGGGAGAAACCUUUUGCUUGCUCGGCUUGUGCUAAAAAAUUCAACACUAAGAAGGAAAUUAUUUUGCACAUGAGAACACAUACAGGUGAGAAACCUUUUACUUGCUCUGUUUGUAAGAAGAGUUUCACCGUAAAGCAUCACAUGACCACACACAUGAGAACACACACUGGUGAGAAACCUUUUACUUGCUCUGUCUGUAAGAAGAGUUUCUCCAAUAAGCAAAACUUGACCACACACAUGAGAACACACACUGGAGAGAAACCGUUUGGUUGCACUGUGUGUGUUAAAAGGUUCAGGUUUAAGAAUCAGGUCAGUAAACACAAGUGUGUAACAGUCAUGGAAGCUGCAGGGAUUUAGAAACACUUAACCAGUGAUUGUUCUAAAUAUACUUUAAAGGCCUACUGAAAUUCGAUUUUCUUAUUUAAUCGGGGAUAGCAGGUCCAUUCUAUGUGUCAUACUUGAUCAUUCCGAAAUAUUGCCAUAUUUUUGCUGAAAGGAUUUAGUAGAGAACAUUGACGAUAAAUUUCGCAACUUUUGGUCGCUAAUAAAAAAGCCUUGCCUGUACCGGAAGUAACAGACGAUGUGCGCGUGACGUCACGGGUUGUAGGGCUCCUCACAUCUGAACAUUGUUUACAAUCAUGGCCACCAGCAGCGAGAGCGAUUCGGACCGAGAAUGCGACGAUUUCCCAAUUAAUUUGAGCGAGGAUGAACGAUUCGUGCUUAUUGUGUUACUAGUGUUUUAGUAAGAUUACAUGGUCGUACCUGAAAGUCGGAGGGGUGCGGCCACGGGUGUGGCGACCGGCAGUGUCUCCGAGGGAAGCAACGUUUCUCGACGAGGCAAGGCAGCCGGGCUUAAACUUUUUUUUUUUCCCCUCCUCCACGGGGUAAGCAUCCGACGGCCACGGGCGGCCGGUGGGAGGAGGCAAGAGAGUCCGCAGCUGCAGAAGGAAGAACGCAAGCUCUCCCCUCAUGUCUACGGUAGGAGCCGACUUAAUACUACCAUUUUCUCACCGAAACCUGCCGGUUGACAUGUGGUAGGGAACCAUGUUCGCUUGACCGCUCUGUUCCAUAGUAAAGCUUCAACGUCAUCUUUCGGGAAUGUAAACAAGGAAACAAUGAAAGACCGGCUGUGUUUGUGUUGCUAAAGGCGGCCGUGAUACACCGCUUCCCACCUACAUCUUUCUUCUUUGACGUCUCCAUUAUUUAUUGAACAAAUUGCAAAAGAGUCAUCAACACAGAUGCCCAGAAUACUGAUUAAUUAUGUGAUCAAAGCAUACGUCUUAUGAUUGGGAUAGGUGCUGGAUCAAAAUGUCCGCUACAAUCCGUGACGUCACGCGCACACGUCAUCAUACCGUGACGUUUUCAGCAGGAUAAUUCGCGCAAAAUUUAAAAUUGCAAUUUAGUAAACUAAACCGGCCGUAUUGGCAUGUGUUGCAAUGUAAAUAUUUCAGCAUUGAUUUAUAAACUAUCAGACUGCGUGGUCGGUAGUAGUGGGUUUCAGUAGGUCUUUAUAAACACAGCAUGUUUAAUAUGAAUGUAUAUGUGAUGUUGCAUGUAGUGCUUGUCAUCUUCUAAUGUUAUAUGUUGUCCUGUAGUUACUUUUAAUGUAUGUGCAUUUAUUGAAUAUCAUAUAUGUAGCUACUAUUUAAUUAUUUCCUCCUCUUUGAAGAGAGGACAUCUUAUUAUUUUCGUUAGGGGUUUUUCUGUCUCUUAUGAAUCCACACAUUUUUUCCUUUGCAUUUUAUUGAUGUUAAUAUCCAAUUAAAGUUACAAAUGAAUAAAAUUGUUAACAAA